AUGGCUCCCCCGAUGGCAGGAGGCAACGGAUUCUUCAUGCAAGCAUUUCCAUCCUAUGGAAUGGCUCCUGGUUACAACAUGGCAGGGCAAGCAAACCCGCAGAUGAUGCAAAUGCAAAUGAUGCAGUACAUGCAGAUGCAUGGCAUGACCGGACAGAUGGACCCUAACAUGAUCAAUGCCAUGAUGCAUCCAAUGAUGAAGGGAAAGAUGGCAAAUGCAGCAUCCUUGGAAUCUGUGUCCAUGCAUGGUAUUCCUGCCCACGCCAUGCAGAGCCCCCUCAAGGGCAUCCCUGCUAAGUUUGUGACGGGAACUUUCAUGGAGUCUGACAUCAUCAACAACUCUGAGACGGUUCCCUCUGAAGGCUCAGGGGCUCAGGAACCCACCUCGAGCAGCAGCCAUGACAACCUGCAAGAGAUGCUGAGGAAACUGAGCAUGUCUCCGUCACAGUCAGAAUUAUCUUACAAUAGCACCAAUGCAUGCUGCAGUGAGGUUUCGUCUCAUGGAUCGGCAGCUGAGAUGGAUGCCAGCAACAGCCUUGCUUCAGGCAUUUCCGAUGCUGGUAUGCUCUCAGACAAUGGAUCGAACAAUCAGGAAACAAGCAUCUCUGAUGCAAGCACUAAAGUGAUGGAAAAGGAUGCCCAAAAGUCAAAGUUUCACAAAUAUGACAAGAAACGAGACCAAGGUGCUGAUGAAAAGCCAUAUUACGCGAAUCGGGGUGGCAUGAGGGGGCAGGGCAAGAAGCCUUUUUCAGGGAGCAGAGGACAUCCGCAAGGUGGAAGGGGAGGACGUGGCGGUCCGCAUUCAGGCCGUCCCUUCCCUCCCAAGUCGCCUGAGGAGAAGAUCGCUGGACCUAGAGAAGACGAGGGAGAGUGGAAGACAGUGGAACGAUCGGGACUCAAGAAUCGUCAUCCAAGGGGUGGAAUCACCAGGCCACCGCACAAUCGGGUUGAAUGA